GGUUAACAGCGCUUUCUAAACAUAUCGAAAAUAUUUAGAAAAUACUAAAUCCGAUCAUUUCAGCUCAUUCACUUGCGAGCAAUGCACGAGUAUACAACACUUGCUAACGUAAAUAUUUGAUUUGUGUGAAAAAGUCCGACGACAAACAAAAAUAGAUAGCAUUUCAAAAAUUUUAAAUACCAAAACAAUUAAAAAAACGCAAAAAGAAAUUCAAAAUCGAACUUCAAUAGCGAAUCAUUGCUAAAUAAAGUGCUGAGUGUAUGAAAAAAAAAAUCGAAUUUCGCUAAUUAACCUUGUGACAAAUUUUUGCUGUUAAAUUUGUGUAAUUUUCUACGCGUUCGUGCCGUUAUAGCGCAUAUGCGAACGCCGCCGCAGUGGAGCUGCAAAGAGAGAAAACCCUAGAAUUUCUACGAGUGCUAACCUUCGUCCUGCUAUUCCUUAUCAUAUCACUAUACCUAUACCGUUACGCAUUCUAAAAGCGUGUCUAGAUUUAGGAUUAGCUAAAUAUAAUUGACAACCAAUUUUAACCUGCCUAGCUAAAAGCGCAGCUAACACAGCUAGUACCACAACAACAACACGAAAAGGUAUAGCACAGCAACAAGAGUUUUUGCGAUAUGGCUAAAGCGCCUGCUGUCGGCAUUGAUCUUGGCACGACAUAUUCAUGCGUCGGUGUGUUUCAACAUGGCAAAGUGGACAUUAUCGCCAAUGACCAGGGCAAUCGGGUGACUCCAUCCUAUGUGGCCUUCACUGAUACGGAGCGUCUAAUUGGCGAUGCGGCCAAAAAUCAAGUUGCCAUGAACCCGAACAAUACUAUCUUUGAUGCUAAACGCCUGAUAGGCCGUAAGUUCGAUGAUAUGACUGUGCAGAGUGACAUGAAACACUGGCCUUUCGAGGUCUUCAAUGACAAUGGCAAGCCGAAAAUGCGCAUCGAAUAUAAGGGUGAAAAGAAAAGUUUCUUCCCGGAGGAAAUCUCUUCCAUGGUAUUGACGAAGAUGAAGGAGACUGCCGAAGCUUAUCUCGGCAAGCCUGUAACGGAUGCUGUGGUCACUGUGCCAGCCUAUUUUAAUGACUCACAACGUCAAGCCACCAAAGAUGCUGGCGCUAUUGCUGGGUUGAAUGUGCUGCGCAUAAUUAACGAGCCAACAGCUGCAGCCAUCGCUUAUGGAUUGGACAAGAAGGGCACCAGUGAACGCAAUGUGCUCAUUUUUGAUUUGGGCGGCGGCACUUUUGAUGUGUCUAUACUUACGAUUGAGGAUGGUAUCUUUGAGGUUAAGUCCACAGCGGGCGAUACACAUUUGGGCGGCGAAGAUUUUGACAAUCGCAUGGUGAAUCAUUUCGUACAAGAGUUCCAACGCAAAUACAAGAAGGACUUAGCGCAGAAUAAACGCGCAUUAAGGCGACUGCGCACAGCUUGUGAACGUGCCAAGCGCACGCUCUCAGCCUCUUCGCAGGCUAGCAUUGAGAUCGACUCUUUAUAUGAGGGUAUAGACUUCUACACUUCAAUAACACGCGCGCGUUUCGAGGAAUUGAAUGGUGACCUCUUCAGGGGUACUAUGGAGCCGGUGGCGAAGGCAUUGCGUGACGCUAAAAUGGAUAAAGGGCAGAUACAUGAUAUUGUUUUGGUUGGCGGUUCGACGCGUAUACCUAAAGUACAAAAAUUACUGCAAGACUUCUUCAAUGGCAAAGAGCUCAAUAAGUCUAUUAAUCCGGAUGAAGCCGUUGCUUAUGGUGCUGCGGUACAGGCCGCCAUACUCUGUGGCGACAAGUCCGAAGCUGUGCAAGAUCUUCUACUGCUCGAUGUAACACCGUUAUCGCUAGGUAUCGAGACAGCAGGCGGCGUUAUGACGGUGCUGAUUAAACGUAAUACCACCAUACCAACGAAACAAACCCAAGUUUUCACCACUUACUCAGACAACCAGCCGGGCGUUUUGAUACAGGUAUUCGAGGGUGAACGCGCCAUGACCAAAGACAAUAAUAUACUCGGUAAAUUCGAGCUGAGCGGCAUACCGCCGGCACCACGUGGUGUACCACAGAUCGAAGUGACUUUCGACAUUGAUGCGAAUGGUAUUUUAAAUGUGACGGCAGUGGAAAAAUCUACUGGUAAAGAAAACCGAAUCACUAUAACCAACGAUAAGGGUCGUCUGAGCAAGGACGAUAUCGAGCGCAUGGUAAACGAGGCCGAACAGUAUCGCAACGAGGAUGAAAAGCAGCGUGAACGCAUUAAUGCCAAGAAUGCGCUCGAGUCGUACUGCUUCCAGAUGAAGUCCACAAUGGAUGAUGAGAAUAUACGCGCUAAAAUUUCGGACAGCGAUCGUCAGUUGAUAUUGCAGAAGUGUGAUGAGACAAUCAGCUGGUUGGAUAGUAAUCAACAGGCGGAGAAGGAUGAGUUCGAAUAUAGACAGAAAGAGUUGGAGAAAAUUUGUAGUCCGAUUAUAACACGAUUGUAUCAAGGUGGCGUGCCACCACCACCACCAAAUGCAGGUGGUCCGGGUGCUGGUGGCUCCUCCGGCGCAGCUGGUGGUCCAACUAUAGAAGAGGUGGACUGAGCGUAUUUGAAAAACUAAAAAGCGUUAUGUCAUAUAUAUUUUUGGCGUUGCUUUAUUUUUCUAAAUAACAUUUUCUUAGACUUCUUGUUGUCUGAUGCUUCAAUUCGUAUUUUAUUAUGAUCUAUUUUACAUAUCUAUACAUAAAUUUUUAACAACAAAAACUACAUAACUUGUUCGAAAAUGUUGACGAAAGGAUAAUAAAUUUCAAAUUUCGAUUUUUCGUGGUUUAUUA